UACACCCAGUAUAGUACCGCCCUUUACAAUUAUAAUCAUUAAAAAAGCAAUCGUUUCAUUAGACCAGUUAAUAUUUUAUUUCGUUAAAGUUAAAUAAACACCGUACACUGUAUACACAUAUAUUAUAUUUAUGAACACAUGGAUACACAUGAACAUACUUGAUCAACAAAAAGCAUUGAUGUUUUACCAGUUUUGCACCAUGUUUGUCAAAAAGUUUGAGAGUACAAGCUGUGGUUGUAUAAUAUUUCUCAUUAUUGAAUGCCGAGGCACCUUUCCCGUCGUCAAAUGUACAUACUGUAGAUCAGAAUUUCAACAAACUAUAAAAGGUAAUACGAGCGCUAUAUGCAAAAAAUGUGAACAAAAUGUUAAGUUACAUGGAAAACCAUCUGCUUGUGAAUAUUGCAACACCAUUGCUGCAUUCAUUGGAAGUAAAUGUCAGAGAUGUACAAAUGAAGAGAAGCGGUAUGGCCCACCUGUUACCUGUGAGCAAUGCAAGCAAAAAUGUGCCUUUGAUAGACAUGACGAAGAUAAAAAAGUUGAUGGGAAACUUUUGUGCUGGCUGUGUACACUAUCGUACAAACGAGCUCUUGCAAGAACAAAACAAUCUGAUGCCGAUAGGAAAGCACAUUUGAAGAUGAUGCAGCAAAAAGCUGCCAAAAAUAAAGAAGAAAAGUUGAAAGGUCACAACAAAAGGCCGCAUAGAGUUGAUGUGACGAAGCUCCCUCCUCAAUCGGAUUCUGGUGACAGCAACGGUCCAACCCUUGUGAAGGCUGCAAGGAUUGCUGGAGUGCAUGAUCCCCAUGACCCUAGCAUCUCUGACCAUGUGGUUGCAGUAACGUCUCUCAAAGAAACAAUAUCGAAUUUGCAAAAACAAAUUUCGAUGAAAGAUGGACAGCUCCUAGCAAAAGAAAAACAAAUAACAGAGCUCAAGGCCAAAAAUUUUACUUCUGAGUCAGAGCUCCGUAAUAAAAUGAAAUCAACAGAAAGAGAAUAUGAAAAUAAAAUAUCAAAUAUGCAGCAUAAAAUUUCUAAUUUGCUGAAAGAAGUUGCAACUUUAUCUAAAAGUACAAAACGCGACAGAAAAUCUGCCGCAAAUAGUGAAAAAUUUGAAAAUUCAAUAAUUAAGAGUGAAGUGAAGAGUGAAAGUGGAAGUGGGACAGAUAGUCCUGUACCUUGAUAAGGGUUCCGUUUAGCUUCAUCAAUGUCCUAUGCGAUGUCCACGCUCACCUGGAUUAUGUGAUUAAUCAAUAGCAAAUUAUUUCCACCCAAGAAAAGUUUUACUCUUUUUUCAUGCCAGUGGCCUGGAAAAUCGUAUACGCACCAUGACCAGAAGUUAAGAUACCUUAGAUCGUCUGUGUAUUGUACAUUAUACGGACAAUCUAAAACUUUCUUUACUUUCCGGCCUAGGUGGGUCAUGAACUAUUUCUAAUUAAUGUACAUUUGAGGCAUUCACUUGUUACUAAACUAGACAUUUUUUAUUUCGCUAAUAAUUAGGUAACUGAUAUCUUAAAAAUUUCUAUUAGGAAUUUUUAACGUUUGUUUUCUUUUUUCAUCAUUAUUACCACUAUUUUUACUGUUGCAAUUUUUUUCUAAUUAAUUAUAAUAUACAUUUUUUGAGGUACCUACCUCGACUUGAACAAAUAGUACUUCCUCAGCAGAAGAAUACAAAUUUUAUUUUUAUUUGAGGUAGGCAAAAAAAUAGUAUUUUCAUCAAGGGUGACGUAAAAAAUUCUCUGAUCGCAAGUUUGCCAAUACACAUGCGAUCUGAGACAUAUUUUACUUUGCCACCUCGGAUGCGUAAUGUUCUAAUAUAAACCAAAAUAUUAUGCAGUAUAAUGCAUUACAUUAAGAUUAUUUUUUGUAUGUGUACAAAUCUAAGCCAUAUUCCAUUUGAAAAUACAAGUCUUUCCACUGACAAAACGGAUUCUAUACAAGAGUAGCAGGCGCUCUAAUGAAUUUUAAAUAAAAUAAAAAAAAAAUGUAUUAAAGUAAAAUAGUAAUAGUAGCAAUUUAUAAUGAUUAUAAAAAACAGAUGUGUUGCAGAAGAACGACUGCUACUGUAUUUUAUUAUUUAUAAUGAAUGUAAAACGACGAUGCA